AUGCCCUUCUCAAUCCCCCAAAGAGGCUUACCCGAAUAUAAAGCCCUGUUAACUCGAUAUUUCUUUCUUUCCUUUGUUUCUUCCUUCUUUCCUUUCUUUUUACUUUAUUUCAUUCUUUCCUUUCUUCGUUCAAUCGUUCUUUGUGUCUUUUUCUUCAGAAUCGCUUCAAAGUAUCUGAAUUUAAAUAAUUUAUUCAAUUUCUUUGUUUUGUUUCUUCAUUCUUUCUUUCUUUCGUUCUUUUUUCUUUCUUUCUUUCUUUCUUUCUUUCUUUCCUUUCUUCGUUCGAUUGUUCGUUUAAAUAAUUCAUUAAAAUUUUCAUUUUCCUUUCUUCCUUCAAUGGUUUUUAUUUCUUGCUUUCUUUCUUUUUCUCUUUCUCUCUUUUCUUUAGGUAAUAAUUCAUUAUUUUUUCUGUUUUUUUCUUUCUUUCUUUUUUCUUUCUUUCUUUCGUUCUUUUUCUUUCUUUCUUUCCUUUCUUCGUUCGAUCGUUCCUUGUUUCUUUCUUUCAACGUUUCUGAAGUGAAAUAUUUCAUUAAAUUUUCUUUCUUUUUUCUUUCUUUCUUUUGUUCGUUCGAUCGUUACUUUUUUCUUUCUUGCAGGAUCGCUUCAAAAUUUCUAACACUUGAUUAUUUUUUUAUUUUUUCUUUCUUUUUUCUUUCUUUCUUUUGUUCUUUUUGCUUUCGUUUUUUCUUCAUUUCUUUCUUUCCAUUCUUUGUUCAAUUGUUGCUUAAUUGCUUUAAAUUUUCUGAACUAAAAUACUUGAUUAAUUUUUCCUCUUUCUUUCUUUCUUUCUUUCUUUCUUUCUUUCUUUCUUUCUUUCUUUCGUUCGUUCGUUCGUUCUUUCUUUCCUUUCUUCGUUCAAUUGUUCCUUGUUUGUUUCAGAAUCGCUUCAAAUUUUCUGAAGUGAAAUAA